AUGGGGCCCACCAAGCUGUUGGUGUAUUUCGCGCUGUGCUUCGCGAUAUUCGCGAGGUCCGGUUAUUCGCGCAAGAUUCCCGUCGAACCGGCCGAUGAAGCCACGAUGAUCACCUCGCCGAUGACGGUCGCCGCCACCGCCAUUACUGCCUCGUCGGCGGCGGGAGGUGAUGACCCAAAGGCGGUGGCCGCUUCCCAACAUCAGUCGUCCGCGGUGGCACCACCGCCGCCGUCGUCUGCUCUGGCGGCGCCGGCACAGGAUCAGACGGUGGCCGCGUCCCACAAGAAAAAGAAAAAGAAAAAAUCGUCAAAGUCGUCUAAGGGCGGUGGGUCGAAGAAAAAAGCCGAAAAACAUUCGAAGAAGGGUCACAAGUCCGACAAAGGCUACAAGACCAAACACCAUUUCGACAAAGGUGACAAGGGCAAACACGGCAAGGAGGAGCACGAAGGCCACUAUAAGAAGGAAGGUGGCCACAAAAAGAAGAAACACGACGAAGCCGAGAAGUACGGUCACCACCACAAGGGCGAGAAGGGUCACAAGGGCGCUAAGUUUGGUGAAAAGAAAGGCCACAAGAAGGGGCACAAGACGAAAGGGUACCACAACAAGUUCCACAAGGACGAGUACCACAAGGAACACAAAUUCUACGACGACUUCCACAAGGGUGGACACCACAAGAAACACGGUGCGCAUCACAAGAAGCACGAGAACAAGGAGGGCAAGCACAAGAAGGGUAAACACCACAAGUCGGGACACCACGCAGACAAAUAUGGCAAGAAGGGACACAAAGAGAAGGGCCACUACGACAAAGAGCACAAGGGGCACAAGGGCAAAAAGGGACACGAUGAACACCAUUCGCAUCACGAAGACUACGGCAAGAAAGGUGGACACAAGCACCACAAGAAGUACGGGUACAGCAAAAAGAAGCAAGGAUAA